AUACUAGCCAAAACACUCUCUCUCUCUAUAUAUAUAGUUAUAUACACAUAUCAUCAAUUUUCUUAUCACUCUCAAAAGUGUCCAAAAAUAAAGAAAAGUAGAAAAAAGAAAAAAAAAAACCUCAGUUUCCCUUGCAAUCAAAGAGAUCAUGCAGGGACUAUCCUUAGAUUUUGAACAAAAUUAUCUUGAUAACAUGCAAUAUCUCUUCAAUGAUCCUGACUUUUCCCAAAUCUUAUCAGAAAUCCAAUCACCUAGACAAUAUUCUUCAAUUCCUGACCAUCAAAACGGUAUAUUCCAACAAAAUAUUCAUCAAGAAAAUCAAGAUAGUGUCCCUAUAUCACAAGAGACAACAGAAAAUGUAACACAACCAAUAUUAUUAGAUGAUAGGCCGAAAAAGUACAAAGGAGUGAGAAGAAGGCCAUGGGGAAAAUACGCUGCGGAAAUAAGGGACCCCCAUAGAAGAGGCGCGCGGCUUUGGCUAGGAACAUAUGAGACACCGGAGGAUGCAGCAUUAGCUUAUGAUAGAACCGCGUAUAGGCUACGCGGUACUAGUGCCCUACUGAAUUUUCCUCACUUGAUUGAAUCAAAUGUAACGGAGAUCAAUCGAGUGAGGCCAAGGAGACGUCCCCGUACACCGGAGAUAUGUUCGAGGUGUUCAUCACCACCUCCUUCGAUAGGAGAUAAUAAUCAGAGUAAUAAUAACAAUACUGAUGGGCCGAGUUCGAAGAGGAGGAAUGUUGAGCUAAUUAAUAGCUUAGCUACGGCAAAUAAUUUGGAUAGUCAAAGUAUUAUUAUGGAGAGAUGUUUGACGUCUAACAAUUAUUUGUUUGCAUGAAUGAAUGAAGAUUUAUAAGCACUUACAUGCAACAAAUAAUUUAUGAUCUCUUGUUUGUUGUUGCUGUAAAGGAAACAAAACUAGCUCAUAAGGUCAAGUUUUAAAUUCGUUGUGUUUUUUCUUUCUUGUUUCUUUUAUUUAUUAAAUGCACUUGUGCUCCAAGAAUAUUACUAACAUUUAGUACCAAGUCAUAUA